AUGGAUAUGGGAGAAUCGUUGAGUGCUUGGUGUCGGCUCAAGAGGCAUUAUAAAUUGACACCAAAAUCUGGUUCUGGCGCGCGUCCUCUUCCUCUCUCUUUAACACGCCAAAACCUUUAUCCGCUUCGUGUAUUCGUCAUUCACGUCACCCUUCAAUAAUCCAUCCUAUGACCUUAUGGUCACUGAUUCCAUACCCAUUCCCCGUCGUGGACUCAUCGUUGGCAAUUACUGCCAUGACGUCCUCCACCGUGAUGGCAUCAUCGUCGCCGAAACCCUCGGCGGCGCCGCCUCCUUCAUCUCCGCCGUCCUCGACGCCCUCUCCCUCCCCUUCCAUACGCUCUCCAAGGUGGGCCCAGAAUUCGCCUACGCCACCGUCACUUCCAAUCACCCCCCUCUCGUUGUUCCCACUUCCCCAACCACCCUCUUCCAUGCCCACUUCGAUUCUGCUAACCCCGACAGGACCCUAAACCGGGUCCGGGCCUGCGAGCCCAUUAGGCCCAUGGACCUCCCCAACGAGACCCGUUUCGGGUUCGGAAUGGCAGUUGGAGUUGGCGGGGAGAUACUCCCGGAGACCUUAGAAAAAAUGGUGGAGAUUUGUGAGCAAGUGUUCGUUGAUGUUCAAGGUCUGAUUCGUACGUUCGAUGGGGAAGAUGGGAGCGUGAAACACGUGCGGUUGAAGGAGAGUGGGUUCUUUCAUCUGUUGCCGCGGAUUGGGUUCCUUAAGGCAUCCGCUGAUGAGGCUUCGUUUCUUGAUUUGGACGAGGUGAGGCGGUGGUGUUGCGUGGUCGUCACGCACGGGAAGGAUGGGUGUGAAGUGUUUUGCAAAGAUGGGGCAUUUCGUGUUGCACCUUUUGAGGCUGAUCAGGUUGAUCCCACCGGCGCCGGUGACUGUUUUCUUGGUGGUUUCGCCGCCGGGAUUGUGCGGGGUUUGGCUGUGCCUGAUGCUGCUUUGGUGGGGAAUUUCUUUGGUUCUUUGGCUGUGGCACAAGUGGGACCUCCCAAGCUUGAUGUGAACUUGUUUCAGAUGCUUAAGGACGAGAUGCACAAAAGGAAGGUGCAGGACGAUCCCUGCUUAGAAAGAAGAGAGGAGUGGCCGGGGUUUCAGAAGCCCCCUGAUGAAGAUCAAUUCUAUGCAUCUCUUGUUGCUGUCAAAGGCAUAAUUAUGUGUGAGAUUCAAGAAUCUGAAUGGAAUCUUCUAAGUUCUCCUAAAGUGUUGGAGCAAAAUAAUGUGAAGGCAAGACUUUCACUGAAUUCUGUCCACGAAGAAUCAAUUCCAAGCGUUGAUCGUAAACCUUAAUAUCAUGGGAUGGUUGGAGUUCUCAAGCUCGUUGCAAUUCUCCACCAGUCCUUCCUUUUUGUCUCAAGUGUAGAGAUCUCUUCGCUUGAAGUAAUAUUUAAUUUUAUGGUGUUUUUAGUACACCCAGCCUCACGUGUAGCCUAAUUCGUAGUUCUAGUAGCACUAAAUUACUAAUAAAUUGUUCUUGAAAACAUCAAGAGAUUGAAAUUCCAUUCAUGUUUUUAUACUUUG